UUUAGGGCUUCAAGUUCGUUACACCAGUGGCGGGAAGAUAUCCGUGAAAUUUCCCCAUCGAAAUUCAACUGCGGAACUCAAUAUUAAAAUUAAAAAAAAAAAAACCCUAAAUUCCUAAAAUGUCAUUCAUCGAUCAAUUUCAAGCUGAUUUGGAAGCACUGCCCAAUAUUCUCCAAAAGAAGUAUGCAUUGAUGCGUGAUCUUGACAAAAGUUUACAAGAAAUUGUGAGGCAAAAUGAACAACGUUGUGAACAAGAAAUAGAAGAUAUAAAACGCGGCCUGAGGGCUGAAAACAUUAGAUUCUCCGAUGAGGCACUUGAUGAACAAAAGCAUGGCAUUAGGAUUGCUGAUGAAAAGGUUGCUUUGGCAAUUCAGACAUAUGAUUUGGUUGAUUCACAUAUACAGCAACUUGAUCAAUAUUUGAAAAUGUCCGAUGAAGAGCUACGUCGUGAAAGAGAGAAUGCAGCUACCGCAUCACCUGUUCCAAGUCCUAAUAGUACCACUAAAUCUGGAAGGUCUAAUGAAAGUGGAAGAGGAGGGCGUAAAAAAACACGCCUGGCAACAGCAGCUGCAGCUGCAGCUGCUGCUACAGAAGUGGCAGCAGCAGCAGCAGAAAAUCCGACUGGUAUGGAAUUAGACUUGCCAGUGGAUCCUAAUGAACCCACUUACUGUUUGUGCAACCAAGUUAGCUAUGGAGAGAUGGUCGCAUGUGAUAACCCCAAUUGCAAGAUAGAAUGGUUCCACUUCGGCUGUGUUGGUCUGAAAGAACAGCCAAGAGGAAAGUGGUAUUGUCCAGAUUGUGCGGCACUGAAAAAUCGUCGUAAAGGCAGAUCACGGUAGAUGUUAUUUCUGGGAAGCAAUGGUAAUGCAUUUUUGUAUAGCCUUAAUCUGAAAACUAAUGUUUCAUGGCCACAUAAUCAUGCUAUUAACAUCUUCAUGCGUCAUUGUUUCGAUCGGAUUUUUAGGAUGAUUGUCUUUUAACGAUUUUAGCUUUGCUAUAAAGCUAUUCGGAUGAUUGUACCAUUUUGUUCUGAGCGCUAUCUAAACCAUAAAUAAAUUCUUCCAUUUGCUUUGA